AUGAACAAUGUCGCUGCAUUUGCGAGCGCAAAAGAUCCUACAGUAAGGCAAGGCAGUGGGAGUCUGCGAUAAAGUUUAUCACAGGGCUGCGGGGUUUCACUUUGGGUGGCUAACAAAAUGAUGCGCUUCCUGUUGCUGUUCAGUCGACAGGGGAAGCUGCGACUGCAGAAAUGGUUCACGCCAUUAACAGACCGGGAAAAAAAGAAGGUGAUCCGAGACAUGAUGAUGCUGGUGUUGGCUCGCCCGGCACGUUCCUGCAACUUCCUCCAAUGGAGGGACCUCAAGAUAGUUUACAAAAGGUAUGCCAGCCUGUAUUUCUGUGCUGGUCUGGAGGACCACGAUAAUGAGCUGCUUGCCCUUGAAGUGCUGCACAGAUAUGUUGAGUUGCUGGAUAAAUACUUUGGCAAUGUGUGUGAGCUGGACAUCAUUUUCAACUUCGAGAAGGCUUACUUCAUCCUGGAUGAGUUCCUCAUGGAAGGGGAAAUCUUGGAAACCUCCAAAGUGGCUGUGGGUGUGUCUUUGGAGGAGGCUGACACACUCCAAGAGACAAUGGAAGAAUACAUGAGCAAACCUGCCUACUGAGCCAAGAGAGGAUGCGGAUGUUUCACAUUUCAAGAUGUGAAGCGAGAUGUUUAUCGCUCAGCGAUAAUGACUCUUUCAGCGUAAUGCUGUGGUCGUACGGAAACCACAAUCCUGGUGAUUUUUCUACUCAAGACUGAAGAAUAGUAAUUAUGUUUGCAUCUGUAAGUGCCUUUUAAGCCUCUUAUUUAUUAAUCUCAGGGUUACAUGACAGAGUAAAUGACUGAAAAGAGCUCUUUUCACCCCCUCAGAUUAUCUUAAUGUAUUUUUUGUUCACUUAGUAUGUUUUUGUGACUCUGAUAUAUGUUAAGACCUGGCAGUUUGUGUUUAAACUGAAGCUUUGUGUGAUGGCGAGUAAAUGGAGAAACACUAGACAGUAAGGAAAAAUAAAGUCAAUGCUUUAU